GGGGAGACAAAUUGUUUCUUCCCUCUCAGAGUCCACUCUUUUCUUUCUUCUUCGUUCGGGGUCGGCAAACAAAACCUGUAAAACCCCCCAAAAACAUGAGUCUCAGAGUGAGACACUCGAAACCCUAGAAUUCAAAUCCAACGCUUGCUUGCUCGGAGAACCCGAUUCCAAGACACGCAAAAGCACCAAAUGGGUCGACCCGAACCCUACGUCUUGUUCUCCCAGACCUUCAACCACCCCCAUCUCGACGAGUACGUCGACGAGGUAUUGUUUUCUGAACCCAUUGUAAUAACUGCGUGCGAGUUCCUUGAACAAAAUGCUUCCUCGGCUGCUCAAGCCGUAACGCUUCUUGGGGCUACUUCGCCUCCUUCAUUUGCUUUGGAAGUAUUUGUUAAAUGUGAGGGGGAGACAAGGUUUAGGCGUCUCUGCCAGCCUUUUCUUUAUUCUCAUUCUUCAUCAAAUGUUCUAGAAGUUGAGGCUGUUGUAACUAAUCAUCUGGUUGUAAGGGGCAGCUACCGCAGUCUAAGUUUGGUCAUUUAUGGAAACACGGCAGAGGAUUUGGGGCAGUUCAAUAUCGAAUUUGAUGAUAACUCGCUGAGAAAUUUAGUUGGUUCUGCUGAGGGGAAGCUUGAAGACCUCCCACUGGCUUUGCACUCAACUAACCUUACAAUUGAGGAAUCUAUAUCCUCUUUGAAUGCGUUGUCCAUUCCAGUUGCUCCAUUGGAUAUAGCUAUUGAGGUGAAGAGGUUUUUACAGCUAUUGUUCAAGAUUUUGGAGUUGUCGAAUCUUGGGGAUGCAGUACAUGAAGUUGUAAGUACUGUGGUUUCAGCAAGCUCUUCAUUUGUUACCAGUGAGUUACAUUAUGCUGCAGACAGUGAGAAUAAUCUUACAUGGGGCAAGUCAAAAAGUGGUGAGGAGUUGCAUGGUGUUAUUGGUGAGGCCAGAGAAGAGCUUCUUCAGUUGUAUAAAGUGUUUCAACAUGAAUUAGGGAAUGGAUUUGCUGACUUGUCGGCAGAAUGCACUUUUCUUGAUUUUGAGGGCUGAUUUGGUUAAUUCCAAAGAGUUGGUGGAUAUGUUUAGCCAGUACUUCAAUUUUCGUGGCGACUCCUCAAAUCUUGGACAUCACCAGCUUUCACAGAAAGAAAAUGUUGUUCUGGGGUUGAGUGUGGCUCUCUUCUUGUGCUCUGGUAGAGAGAGCUGCUUUCACUUUGUCAAUAGUGGAGGAAUGGAGCAGCUUGCACACAUUUUUUGUCAUGACAAGCCAAAUUCCACUUCUACCACAUUACUGCUACUUGGAGUUCUUGAGCAGGCUACUCGGUAUUCAAUUGGGUGUGAGGGAUUUUUUGGUUGGUGGCCUCGUGAAGAUGAAAAUGUCCCUAAUGGUACUAGUGAAGGUUACAGUCAAUUGUUGAAGUUGUUAUUGCAAAAACCGCGCCAUGAUGUUGCCUCUCUCGCAACUUAUGUCCUCCACCGUCUACGAUUUUAUGAAUUUGCUUCAAGAUAUGAGUGUGCAGUUCUGUCUGUUUUGGGAGGUCUCUCUGCUGUUGGUAGGGUUGCAGGUGUUACCUUGAACAUGCUUAUCAAUGCUAAAUCUCAACUCAAGAGGCUCCUGAAGUUGAUAAAUUCACAUGGUCCAAUUGAAGAUCCUUCUCCAGUGGCUCGCGCAAGCAGAUCAUUGAUUCUUGGUCAAACAGAAGGAUUAUUGUCAUAUAAAGCAACCAGUACCUUGAUUGCUUCAUCAAAUUGUUGCUUUUCAAACUUCGAUAUUGACUUGCAUUUGCUGGAACUUC